AUGUGUGUGCUUUGUGCGUGGCCGGCAAAACAAUCUCAGGCAGAGACAAAGAGUGUGAGAACUGGUUUAGUCAGAGCCUGCAACCAGCUGAACUGGGUCUGCCCUAGGAUCAGUGGCAGCAACUCAGGAGAAGGAGAGAGGCCUGAUAGCUCUGAGGCAGCCAGCCCUCGGAGCCGGUCAUGCUGGCCCAGAUAUCCUGUUAAAUGCAACCCCCUGGGUUUGCUCUCCUCUCUAAUGAGACCUCUACAGGGCUGCAGGAGACAAGGCAUCAUACUGGGGAUCGUGACCCUCUGCCUGGCUGCUGGGUGGGCUCUACAGACCCAACGAGGAGUAUCUUUACUAGUCCCGCAACCCAACAUAAAUGCCACCGUGGCACAAAAUAUUCUCCUCUCUGUUGAAUAUUCUUGCAAAGGCAUAGUUUCCAUUGAGUGGAAGCAUGUGUCGAGUUGGGGCACCAACAAAAUUGUGGAGUGGAAACCAGGGAGUUAUACUAACAUAUCCAAAAGUUACAAGGACCGAGUGAACACUUAUGAAAACGGCUCUAUACAGCUUCUGAAUGUAGGCGUGAGAGAUGCUGGCUAUUAUGUUGUCACCGUAACAGAAGAGUUGGGAACCAACAUCUACGGCACCAUCGUAUUAAGUGUCUAUGAGAUUAUCUAUGAAGAUUUACAUUUUGUAGCUGUCUUCUUUGCAUUUCUCACUGCUGUGUCUGCAGUUUUAGUCUGCUGCAUGUGGUUCUGUAAUAAAUCUGUGCAUCUAUUCCAGAAUAAGAGAGACAAGCUCAAAGCAAGAACAGCUGAAGAGAUAGAACUGCAAACCAUUGAGUGUUAG